AUGGCAACAUCGCACCCAGAGUUCAACAGGGACACCGAGGGCCUCGACGUCGCCAAGGCUUUCUCAGAUGGAAUUCGCAAUAAAACCAUCAUAGUUACUGGCGUCAACCGUGGAGGAGUUGGGUUCUCUACAUCACAAGCUUUUGCCACUCAGUCCCCAGCAUGCCUGAUCCUUGCCGGACGCAACCUACAUAAAAUCCAGGAAUGCAUCGAUGCCGUCAAGCAGGAUUUGCCACAUGUCAGCUAUCGUGCGCUGAAGAUUGACCUUUCCAGCCAGAAGUCAGUUCGCGCCGCAGCUGCGGAAGUCUUGUCCUGGUCUGAGGUGCCUACCAUCGAUAUCGUGGUGAACAACGCCGGUGUGAUGUGCGUUCCGGAGCGAACUCUUAGCGUCGACGGACUGGAAAUGCACUUUGCGACAAAUCACAUAGGACAUUGGCUGUUGACAUGCCUGAUCAUGCCAAAGCUGAUCAAGUCUGCUGAGGGCAAACCAAAGGGAACUACCCGAAUUGUGAACGUCUCUUCUCUGUCGCCUACCGUCGCGACUAUGCGUUGGAGUGACAUCAAUUUUGACAAGCCAAACAAAGAGCUGCCAGAGGCAGAGCAGCCGCCCUACGCGAUGCUAGAGGCAUGGGGCUUUUCAGACUGUCGAGAUCGAUCAUAUGUUCCUUUGGACGGUUACAACCGCAGUAAAGUAGCCAAUGUGCUCUUUGGAAUUGGAGCAAACGAGCGACUGUACGGCAAACACGGCAUCCUCUCUUUGGCCGUGCAUCCGGGCAUAAUACAAACGGAGCUGGGCAGGGACUUUGAUGAGGAACAACUGGCAGCCUUGGCCGGUAUGAGGACCAAGGGCAUUUUUAUCCAUCAAACCCUCGGUGCGGGAGCUUCGACCUCGCUGGUGGCUGCACUGGACCCUAAGCUGAAACCUGGUGAGACCAUCAAUGGGAAGGAGAAUUACGGAUCGUUCCUAGUGGAUUGUCAGAUUAGCGAUUCUGCGACUGCGCUCGCUGUUUCCAGCAGCGAGGCCGAGAGGCUCUGGGUGUUAUCGGAAAACCUGGUAAAGGAACGGUUUUCUUGGUAA